GGUAAGCACUGUUUCGGCAAAGAUAUUAACGUUGUCCCAGGGCCAGUUAUUUGUUGUGUUUAUUAUGAACGAGCGCAGUAUUACAUCCACUUGAGUAUGUUUAUGUAUCCAUUAGCCAUGUUUGGCGACCCAAGAGGAAUAUUUCAAAGUAACAAAAGGCAUGUUUGAAACCUGUGAAAUAAUUCUCAGCCUUCCGUUGUUGAGAAAUUGUUUCCACAAAAAGAAAGCCGUUGUUCCGGUCAUGUUAUCGUGGAUCUAGAGUGUGGUGUUUAAUGUACAGCAGACCAGAGAGACUGGGAAACAACCUAAGAAAAAAAUCAACGGAUGGUUGUGUCAUUUGUCUAAAGAAACUAUACAUUUUAUCGCCGAACGAAUUGAUGAGGAUAUAAACCCUAUUAUACAAAGGAGAAGGGCAAAAUACACAAAACUUCGAUGCGAAAUAAUAGCCUGAUUACCGUAGAACAGUGAGAACGAAGUGUUGAGCUGAUUGGACAAGACCAAGGAUUGAUAACCAGCAAAUACACACCAACUAUUUCUUCAAAAUGCACCACAUUACUGUUGUCGUCUGCUUUUUACUCUUCAAAUCAUCCAUGCCCCUGAGCCAACCUACUGGAUGUAAUUACAAAGAUGGACUGUUCACCUGCGGGUUCAAAACUUCCAUUCCUCUUAAUGCCGUUGGGUUCGACCCUCGACCACAAAGGCUAGUUAUUAAUGACGUGAACGGCCCCAUAACGUCAUCGUCGUUUACAAACUUCGCUCAAGUGAACACCUCGACAUUUGACCCUAACUACGCAUCUUCCUUAACUUUCGUCUGUGUCGCUGGUGGGUCAGCCGUGCUCAGUUUGGAUAAUUCCUCUUUUGAGGGCAUGGGUUUUUAUCAGGACGUCCGGAUUAUAAAUUGCCAGUUCAACAGCGUCCCGCCUGGAGCUUUUACAAACCUUGGCACUGUCAAUUUGUUAAGUUUAGAAGGCGGUACCAUCGACAACCUCGACGUAAACGCGUUUCUUGGCGUGAACAUCAAGAAAGAUACGACCAUCCCUAACCCAAGGGGAGAAUUCGCUUUGUCCAACACCAAACUUGCGCAGGGAGGUUUGAGUCGCGGUGUCCUUGACCCCUUCACGGAGGCCAGCGUUCUUACGUUGAACAAUUGUCGUAUUCGGGUCAUAGACUUGGCGUUGUUUAGCAAGAUGAAGUAUCUCACUCGUAUCAGCCUGGACAACAAUCCUUUCACCUACGUCGGCAACAACAUCUUCAGCGGACUGGAGAGUCUGAGAAGGAUCAGUAUGGACAACGUGCCAUGGAGAUGUUCCUGUGCUGCGUUGUGGUUCCUGCAGUUUGCUGCGGACAAGGGGAUUGACCUGCAGGGCGACAUGAUGUGUUCAUUCCCAAAGGAAUAUGACCGGAGACGCAUCACAACGUAUCAGACCCAGGUAUGCGGGGCGGUGGUGGCUUGUCCUGCUGGGCUAAUGCCGAUGUCCGGGAUUUGUCUCACGUGGUUACAGAUCCUCUCCUUCAGCAUCACCUUCUUCUCCUUCACCGUCGUUGUCGCCUGCGUCGCCUUCAUCCUCAAGAACAGACGCGACAUAUGCAAGAAGCUGCCCUCGAAGACUCCUGUCAAGUCUGUGAACGGACACAGGGCCGCACCCAGAAGAGUCACACCCUAUAUAUAACAGUCAAACAUUAUGUCAGUUGAUCAGUGUCCCUUAGUAAAACGGCCUCUCUCAGUUUAUCUGUCUAUCUCAGUAAAACAGUUCCUCUCAGUAAAACAAACUCUCAGUCUUUCUCAGUUUGUCAGCCUCUCUCAGUAAAAUUGUCUGUCUCAGUUCAACAGUCCCUCUCAAUAAAACGUUACCUUCGUUUAUCAAUGUCUCUCAGUAAAACAAUACAACGACCUUCGUAAAGACAUUCCCUCUCAGUAAUACAACCCCUAAACAAUAUUUAUCCAGUUAAAGUCUCUCUCUGUAAAAUUGUCUGUCUCAGUUAAACAGUCCCUCUCAGUAAAACGUUACCUUCGUUUAUCAAUGUCUCUCAGUAAAACAAUACAACGACCUUCGGAAAAUACAUUCCCUCUCAGUAAUACAACCCCUAAACAAUAUUUAUCCAGUUCUAGUAUAACAUUCUUGGCGAAUACAAACACGUAAUUACUUUGGUUCAGUCCCGGAUUAUGAUCGCCAGGACUCUAUAAGUUGACGUGAGAGGCGUCUAGUUGGACCGGCUGGACAAUGUCGCUGACGUGGUUGACAACGUAGGACGUUCAACAUGUCGACCACUAGUUUGGCAGGCCCUCGACAAUUUUUAGAUCGUGGUAUUGUCGGACUACUGCUUACUUCGGUGGGGUAUGCUUUAUAUUGGUAUAGGGGCGGUCGGGUAGCCUAGUGGUUGAAGCGUUCGCUCGUCACGCCGCAGACAAUGUGUGAAGCCCAUUUCUGGUGUCCCCCGCCGUGAUAUUGCUGGAAUAUUGCUAAAAGCGGCGUAAAACCAUACUCACUCACUCAUAUUGGUAUAAUUUACUGCAAGGUGCGGAGACAGGGGAGGGAACUCCAGUCAACUUAAAAUAACCGAUGUUUACUGAAACCGAUGUUUACAAAACGUGUCCUGAUAAACUGACUUCCACUGUUUUUGACAUCUUACAUCUUUUCCAUGGCAAUUCGGCAUCCUUUGAUUUGGGCCUGUGGCACCUCAAAAUCCUUUCUCCGACUAAAGGACCAGUACUAUAUCGUAGAAAGCUUUCAAUAAGGCCAUCUUUGUUUGCAGUGAAAACUAUAUUCAGAUGUAUCUUAACCUAGGUUGAGUGUCAAUAAAGAAAUACAGCAUUAAGUGAGUACUUUUCUC